UGGGGCAGGGAUAUGCGAUGUAACAAGAAUCAUACCCAGCUUGGCAUCACUGAUUUUACACAGAAUAUUCUUCUCCCGAGUGAAAUUCGACUCCUAUUGCAGGUAACAUGGACUGCGAUAUCGGUCAGCACCUAACCCAGAAAAUGAAUGGUUCUAAAAACAGCAGCAUUCUGGAAACUCUGCCUGCAGAUCAAGUUGUUCGGCUCAACAUCCCGUAUGUUGCCACAGAACUUGUGAUUGCUGCGCUAUCCACAGUGGGCAACAUACUUGUCUGUGUUGCAGUGAUGAAAAACAAAAGACUACAAACAGUCACCAACUACUUCUUGGUCUCACUGGCCAUUGCUGACAUCUGUGUGGGAGCCCUAGCCAUCCCUUGCGCUAUAAUGACCGAUUUGGGAAUUCCCAGGGACAACCUGUACCUCUGUCUGCUAAUGCUGUCGGUGCUCAUCAUGCUAACCCAAAGCUCAAUUUUUAGCUUGCUUGCUGUAGCACUGGAGCGUUACAUAGCAAUCUUCCUCCCCUUCCAUUAUCAGACUAUCAUGACCCCCAGAAAUGCCAUAAUCAUUAUCCUUGUCACCUGGAUUUUAGCUUUCUUGAUCGGACUGGUUCCUCUGAUGGGGUGGCAUAAAACCCCUCCCGCCUCAGGUUACUGUUUCUUUGUCUUUGUGGUCGAUAUGACGUACAUGGUUUAUUUUAACUUCUUUGCCUGCGUGCUGACCCCCCUCAUCAUCAUGUUCCUCAUCUAUGCCCAGAUCUUCAUUGCUGUGAAGCAUCAAAUCAGGCGAAUGGCAGCCAACAACAUCCAGAGCAAUGUGCAGAACAAGCAAGCAGACAGCAUUAAGAAGGAGAUGAAGACAGCCACCUCCCUCUUUCUGGUUCUCUUCCUAUUCACCAUCUGCUGGAUUCCUCUACACAUCAUCAACUGCUUUAUCCUGCUCUGCCCCCAUUGCUCCAUCCCACUACCGCUACUCCUAACGGCCAUCAUCCUGUCCCACAUUAACUCUGCCGUUAACCCCAUCCUCUACGCUUACAAGAUGAGGUCUUUCCGGAGGACCUUCAAGGCCAUUUUCCUGUGCUGCAGUAAUGUGGUAGAGCCAGAGGAUGUGGCUGAGGAACACUAGGAUUCAUGUUCAGUAAAAGUUUCUUUCAUUUAAAACAUUGUUUUUCAUAUUCGUUUGUACUUUGCUGUAUGUGCAAUUUUUGUAACUUCAGUUAAAUACGUUUCUCUGCUGAGAUACAAACACCUUGGAAAAAAAAAAAAAGUAAAUCAAAAAGACAUGAAAAUAAUACAAUAAUACAAAUUAAGCUCAACUGUAGACAAGUUGAUAAUCUUAGCCGAUUAUGUUAUCUGGAUAUGUAUCAAUACUUUCAGAAUACAUGCCCAAAAAAAUAAUUCUGGAUAUUGAAGUUGUGUAACUAUGUUAUCACUGUGCAGGUGCUUUAAAAUUUAAAUAAAGGGGCUCCCGAGUGGCGCAUCCAGUAAAGGUGCAGGUUGCACCCUAUAGCCUGGAGAUCGCUGGUUCAAGUCCAGGUUAUGCCACCGCGAUCAUGGACGGGAGUUCCCAGGGGGCAGCACACAAUUGGCCGUCUGCCGACCGGGUAAGGAGGGCUCAGGUCGGCAGGGCAAUCCACGGUUCACCGCGCACCAGCAACUCCUGUGCCUGCAGGUCUGCUGUAGAACCCACUCAGAUUUGUGUUGUCCUCCGGCACUAUGGGUCUGGUGGCUUCGCUAUAGACCUGCAGCGCGAAAAGAGACGGCUUGGCAGGACAGGUUUCGGAGGACACGUGUGUCUGCUGCCGUUUCCCCGAGUCAGAGUUGCAGCGGAGAACCGGGAUAAAAAUAAUAAUUGGGCAUUCCAAAUUGAGGAGAAAACAAGGGUAAAAACCAUUGGCGACAACUAAAUUUAAAUUAAAAAAAAAAAAAAAAUGUAAAUAAAACAGAGCAGAACAAUGCUAAUACAUUAGCAGCUGAUCACUUGAAUUACAGCAAGUUAGUCAAAAUAAAUGCUGGUAACAUUAUGCACAAAUCUGUUUAUAUUGAAUGGAGUGAGGUCCUUAAAUUGAAUACACGUAUGUAUGUUACAUAACAGCUUUAUAAAUUGUUCAUAGAUCUUGCCAAUUAUAAAAAGGCUACAAAUAUUUUGAACUGAAUAAUGUAGUGCAUUGAAUAGCUACAUGCCUUCCUUUGUUAGAAGCCUCAUCACACUAGAGGGUGCUCUCUCACUAAAACCCUGUGGCUAGGAGUAAUAGAAAAGACAGUUUUGCACGUACUGUAUCUUAGAAUAAGCCACACAUGACCAUCGUCUUGGAACCGGUAAAAAGUGAAAUAGACGGGAUUAGACAUGCUGCUGUGUUUUUUUUUUUUUUUAAAUCUUUAGAUGCUGUGCAACUACUAAUAGUAUAUAUGUACAAAAAAGAAAAAAAACUGCAUCUAAAUAAAAAGUAUAACAACCCUUUUGCUUUAAGCAUUCCAAUGCUUUAUUCACAACAUAAAGAAAACGUUGAUCACUAUUUGAAGAAGUUGGACCAGUGUUGAAAAACAUGAGGCAGUUUGGAGUGACGUAAUGUGGCAAAUCGGUGCAGGCAGAACAAGUUGCGAGUUAAAAUAGGACAGCAGUGUGGAGUAGUGGUUAGGGCUCUGGACUCUUGA